GCCAUAAUGGCCUCAACUACCAAGCCAAUCCAGAAGAUUCUGGACUCAACCAAGAUCGCAUCCUUAGCGAAAUUUGUCCGCCGGCCACCAAUUGAUCCGCAAACACCGAUCCAGGGGAAACCUCGAAACCCCGGGUCCAAUGCAUACAAGGAGCAUGAGAAGCGCGAGGGUGUGCGUUUGCAGAAGGCAUUGAAUGCCAUCACACACGGAAAGAACAUCUUCGUCUACCACAAUGUUCGCACGAAGCAGGUCGUGUACUCGUUGACCCGUUAUCUGGAGAAAAACAACCUCCUCCGUCAAAUGAUCUACCACGGCAAGAAGACCGUACCCGCUGAAAUCCGCCGAGACAUGUGGGUUCCAUACUAUUCCGUCCACUUCAGCGAUUCAAAGCUGGGCCUCCGCGCUUUCCAACUCCUCCGCGAGUUCUCCAUGCAACGACAACUCGCCCCACCUCAGGAGAUGAUCACCGUCACACCAGAGCUCAUUGCGGCCAAGAGGCCACAUGAUCCUGUCAAAGCGGAAGUAUACGACCGGAUGCACAAGAGGCGGAUUGGAAACACCAUGGAGAAGAAGGAGCGCGCCCGUGCGCUGAUGGACCAGAAGGCAACAUCCGUUGCGGACGUCGCGGCCGUACUGUCGAUUCAGGAAGAGGAGAUCGCGAAUGGUCUGCUGAGCCGGGAUGGUUCGCGUGGAUAUCUUACUCGGAAGGCGCGUCAGCGCAGGCGUGAGGCCCUUCACGAGGGACAGGAGAAAGUGAAGGAGGGCGCAGCUCGUAUUGGGGUGUUAGAGGAGUACCUCACCCAGCGCAGCGGAGAGGAAGUUAAGAUCGGCGAAGUUCGGGAUGGUCUCCCCGAGAAUGCCGAUACAGUUAAGAUCCUCUGGUAUGAUGUGCAUGAUGCUCACUACGCCGAGUCUUGGGCUCCCAGUGUUCAGCAUGGCAAGUUGCAACGCACUCGCAACAGCAUCAUUGGCAGUGAGCUGCACCUAAACGAGGACGUCGUUGCGAACAACGAGUUCAAGGAGCAGCAGGAGUAA